AUGAGCACGGGCUGCCCAGAGCCCGAGCCUCCCCACUCCCUGCCCUGCUGUGGGCCAGGGACCGCCCCCGGGCUGGGUGCCGGUGUGCCCCUCCUCACCGAAGACAUGCAGGCGCUGACCCUCCGCACAGUGGCCGCGAGCGAUGUCACCAAACACUACGAACUCGUCCGGGAGCUGGGCAAGGGCACCUAUGGGAAGGUCGACCUGGUGGCCUACAAGGGCACAGGUACGAAGAUGGCGCUGAAGUUUGUGAACAAGAGCAAAACCAAGCUGAAGAACUUCCUGCGGGAGGUGAGCAUCACCAACAGCCUCUCCUCCAGCCCCUUCAUCAUCAAGGUCUUCGACGUAGUGUUUGAGACCGAGGACUGCUAUGUCUUCGCCCAGGAGUACGCGCCCGCCGGGGACCUAUUCGACAUUAUUCCUCCUCAGGUGGGGCUCCCCGAGGACACCGUGAAGCGCUGCGUGCAGCAGCUGGGCCUGGCGCUGGACUUCAUGCACGGUCGGCAGCUGGUGCACCGCGACAUCAAGCCGGAGAACGUGCUGCUGUUCGACCGCGAGUGCCGGCGCGUGAAGCUGGCCGACUUCGGCAUGACGCGCCGCGUGGGCUGCCGCGUGAAGCGAGUGAGCGGCACCAUCCCAUACACAGCGCCCGAGGUGUGCCAGGCGGGCCGCGCCGACGGCUUCGCGGUGGACACGGGCGUGGAUGUGUGGGCCUUCGGCGUGCUCAUUUUCUGCGUGCUCACCGGCAACUUCCCGUGGGAGGCGGCGUCGGGCGCCGACGCCUUCUUCGAGGAGUUCGUACGCUGGCAGCGGGGCCGCCUGCCGGGGCUGCCGUCGCAGUGGCGCCGCUUCACCGAGCCAGCGCUGCGCAUGUUCCAGCGGCUCCUGGCGCUGGAGCCCGAGCGCCGCGGGCCGGCCAAGGAGGUCUUUCGCUUCCUCAAGCACGAGCUCACGUCCGAGCUGCGGCGCCGGCCCUCGCACCGCGCGCGCAAGCCCGCCGGGGACCGCCCGCCGGCCGCCGGGCCGCUGCGCCUCGAGGCGCCCGGGCCGCUCAAGCGGACGGUGCUCACCGAGAGCGGCAGCGGCUCCCGGCCCGCGCCUCCCGCUGUCGGGCCCGGACCUGUGCCGGUCCCAGUCCCCGUGCCCGUGCCGGUCCCCGUGCCCGAGCCCGGCCUGGCCCCCCCGGGGCCUCCCGGCAGGACCGACGGCCGCCCGGACAAGAGCAAAGGGCAGGUGGUGCUGGCCACGGCCAUCGAGAUCUGCGUCUGA